GUCUGAAUUAAUACAAAUUUGGAUUAAUAUGUUAAACUUGUUGGAGGACUUUUAAAAUCUCCCCAAAUGAGCCCGGUCCUACUUCGAAACUCAAUCCACACUGAACACAUCUCAAACUUAUUGGAAGUGUGAUAACAGGGCGAUUUAUAAACACCCUAUCUUGCAGUAAUAUUAAAUAAAUAUUGCUAUUUUUGUCAACAUCAUUCUACAUCAGGGUACAUUUUAGCACAAGUAUCCACCUUUUACUUUUGACAUCCUAAUGUGCUACAUCUCAGACAUCAAUGUAUAGUGUUAUCAUCAUCAAAUUGACUGAGAUGACAUACAUAACUCCUAAUACAGUAGUGGGCUAUUAGCAAAUAAACUUAUUCUGACAACAUAGUCCGCAGGUCUUGCCCACAAAUUACCCUCGAUUUCAUUGUGUGUUUUUUGGGGUCAUUUCCCGGAAUUCUAAAAUGUAUAGAAAUGUAUCAAAAUUGUGAAUUAUUUUAAAUGAAUGGGGCGCUCCCUAUAAUGUUACCUUUUCGUCGACUCUCGUUCAACCCCCCCUCCCCCUCGACUAAUCAGCGCAUGCUCAGCAAAGCUCCAAAUGGUGUUUCGGCCUGUUUCGGUAUUGCCCGUACAUUUUCGCCUCUUUGUUUUACCGAUAGUGCAUUUAACUCGCGUUCAACCCAAUAUCCAGCGGACUGUACUGUUCUCAAACAGCCACAUGAGAGGGCAUCCAUGAUGAGGAGCUAACACCACUGCAUGCCUGCAGGAAUAGACGUGGCUGCCAAAUCAUCCUCAGUCAACACAUGGCGUCAUUAGGGAACCCCGAGAUGCUAACCAGGAAGAUCAAGCUGUGGGACAUCAACGCCCACAUAACUUGUCGCCUGUGCGAGGGGUACCUGAUAGACGCCACUACUGUCACGGAGUGCUUGCAUACCUUCUGCAGAAGCUGUCUAGUGAAGUACCUGGAAGAGAACAACACCUGUCCCACGUGCAGGAUUGUCAUUCACCAGAGCCACCCACUGCAGUACAUCGGCCAUGACCGAACAAUGCAAGACAUUGUCUACAAGUUGGUGCCGGGACUACAAGAGGCGGAGAUAAAAAAACAAAGAGACUUCUAUCAGAAGCUGGGAAUGGAAGUGCCCGGGGACAUCAAAGGAGAGCUGUGCAGCAUGAAACAACAUCUAGAUCCUCAGCGCAAUGGUGAGGUGAAAACGGAGGACACGGCAAAUAAGGAAACAGCGGAGGAGAAACCGGAGGAGGAGGAGAACGAUUAUCACCGCAGCGACGAGCAGGUCAGCAUCUGUUUGGAGUGCAACAGCAGCAAGCUCCGUGGCCUGAAGCGCAAGUGGAUCCGCUGCUCGGCGCAAGCCACGGUCCUUCACCUCAAGAAAUUCAUCGCCAAAAAGCUUAACCUGACAUCGUUCAAUGAGCUGGACAUUUUAUGCAAUGAGGAAAUCUUGGGAAAGGACCACACUUUGAAAUUUGUUGUCGUGACAAGAUGGAGAUUUAAGAAAUCCCCCCUCCUGCUGCAUUACAGACCCAAAAUGGAUUUGCUGUAGUCGGACAGAACGGUUGUUUUGGCCCAGUGGCCCAGAACUGUGCAACGUACUAUUUAUGCAGAGACGAUCAAUCCCAACACCAAGCAAACACACCAGAUCAGAAGUCCACACAAGCCAGCAAACAACAAACCCCAGCACAGAUACUGCACCACUGGCGGGUUUAGAUCAAAAAACAACCUUUUUUUUUUGUCCGCUAUACAUCCUAGAUAUGUGAAAGAUUUGAGAGAAAAAAAGCAUAUAUUUAUACUUUUGUACAGAUGAGACAUGGAACCAAGACACUACUGGUGCUCUGUUUACACAUGAACAAGAUGUCGGGGAAUCGUGUGCCCAUAUUUUUUUUUCUUUUUUUUCGACAGACUUCACUCCUCCGACCCUCAUUGACUGAUAAAAAGGCGAGGACGAGGAUUUUUAACAGUUCAUUUUAUUUUUCAGGUUACACUCAAACGAGUCUUGGGAGCAAAGAAAGUAUAUACAUUUAUAUAAUAAGACAUUGUUUCAAAGCUGUUUAUUGCGUUGUUGUAUUGUCCUCUGAUUUAUUUUUUUUAUUUUACUUUAAAAUUGCUUCGGGUUUGCUGAAGGUUGAUUGUGAAUAGGGGAAAAAUGUGUGUACUAAUUUAUGUUCUAUAUACCAAUAUUGUACAUAAAAUGUCAUUAUGAGAGAGAUUGAAAGGAGUAAGAAAGAUACUUAAGAUUGUUAGGAAAGGUUCACAGAAGUGCUUCAGUACGGUGCAUUCGGAAAGUAUUCAGACACUUUGACUUUUUCCACAUUUUGCUAUGUUAGUCCACACAAAUCUACACACAAUACCCCAAACAGGUUUUUAGAUAUUUUUGCAAAUGUAUUAUAAAUAAAAAACAGAAAUAUCUUAUUUACAUAAGUAUUCAGACUUGCUAUGAGUUUCGAAAUUGAGACAGGUUUGUGUCGAGGCCCAGAUCUGGGGAAUGGUACCAAAUUAUGCAGCAUUGAAGGUCCCCAAGAACACAGUGGCCUCCAUCAUUCUUAAAUGGAAGAAGUUUUGAACCACCAAGACUCUUCCUAGAGUGGGCCGCCCGGCC